UUUCGACCUAAAUAGAUAUACACAAAACAAUAGGGAAUUGGAGGAAAUUGGACUGGAGAGAUUUUACACAACGCCCAUCUCCCACGGAAUAUCCACAAACCGUUUUUCUACUACAGGGCUGCAUGUUUUUCUGUCAAAAAUGGUCACCUUCUAGCUAGCUAGUUGUAGCUAGCUGACGCCGGAGAAAGGGACAGAAUGGGAGAGAAGCUGGAACUGAAGCUCAAGUCGCCGGUCGGAGCCGAAGCGGCGGGCUACCCCUGGCCCUUACCAGUAUAUGAUAAACACCAUGACGCUGCUCACGAAAUUAUUGAAACUAUACGGUGGGUGUGUGAGGAAAUCCCAGACCUUAAACUGGCCAUGGAGAACUAUGUCUUGAUUGACUAUGAUACCAAGAGCUUUGAGAGUAUGCAGAGGCUGUGUGACAAGUAUAACAGAGCUAUUGAUAGCAUCCACCAGCUGUGGAAAGGUACCACCCAACCCAUGAAGCUGAACAAACGCCCAUCCAAUGGUCUGCUCCGACACAUCCUGCAGCAGGUGUACAACCACUCGGUCACAGAUCCUGAGAAGCUCAAUAACUACGAGCCUUUCUCACCUGAAGUUUAUGGCGAGACAUCCUUCGACCUGGUUGCACAGAUUAUAGAUGAGAUGGAGAUGAUGGAGGAUGACACUUUCGUUGACUUGGGCAGUGGAGUCGGGCAGGUUGUGCUGCAGGUAGCUGCUGCAACAAACUGCAAGCAUUACUAUGGUGUUGAGAAAGCAGACAUUCCAGCCAGCUAUGCAGAGUCAAUGGACAAGGAGUUCAAGAAGUGGAUGAAGUGGUAUGGGAAAAAACAUGGAGAGUACACAUUGGAGAAGGGAGACUUCCUGUCUGAAGAGUGGAAAGAGAGGAUAGCAAACACAAGUGUGAUAUUUGUGAAUAACUUUGCCUUUGGUCCCGAGGUGGAUCACCAGCUGAAGGAGAGGUUUGCUAAUAUGAAGGAAGGUGGGAAAAUAGUAUCUUCAAAACCUUUUGCACCUCUAAACUUCAGAAUAAACAGCCGAAACUUGAGUGACAUUGGCACAAUAAUGAGAGUUGUGGAGCUCUCUCCACUGAGGGGCUCAGUCUCCUGGACUGGGAAGCCAGUUUCUUACUACCUGCAUACGAUAGACCGCACUAUACUUGAAAACUAUUUUUCUAGUCUCAAAAAUCCAAAACUCAGGGAGGAGCAAGAGGCAGCUAGGCGUCGUCACCAGAAAGAAAAAGACAGUAAAAGCAACACAACCACACCAACUAAGGCAAAGGAGCACAAGGCUUUAAAGAGCAGGUGUUUGGGGGAGUCACCGACUCGCAGUGCAGCCGUCCCACAGGACUCGUGCGGAGAAGAUGAGCGGCCCGGGCUGCCGGCAGUGAUGAAGCCGUCCCCAAAGCCCCGUCGUGCCAGGCUUAUGGCCAAAAGCCGCAAGCUCGGCAACAGGAAGAGGGGGCGCCCCAAGAAAGCCGCGGCUGAGCGUAAGAGCAAAAAGAGCCAGAGUGCCCUGGACCUGCUCCAUGCCAAGACCUUGUCUGCGGUGCCCCCUCAGGAUUCAUACCGGUCACCUCAAAGCCCUUUUUACCAGCUACCUCCCAAAGUUCAGCACUAUGGGCCAGGGCAACUGCUUUUGGGCCCCACUCCGCCUGCCCUGCAGCAGUUUCUGGAUAAUGCAAAGGUCGAGUACCUACAGUUCAUGGCUUACAUGAAGACACCUCAGUACAGAGCUAAUCUGCAGCAAGUCUUGGAAAGGGAAAAGCUUAGACACAGUGAGCUGUCAGGGCAAGCAGAGCAGCUGCACAGUGUGUGUCAGACCCACAAGGACAAGAUCAAAGCGCUCGUCCAGAGCAAACUGGAGGAGCUGGGAGUGAGGGCUCUGACUGUGGACGACCUCCUCCAGGCCCAGAAGGAGAUCUUGGCUCACAACCAGCGGCUGAGGGAGCAGACGGAGCAGCUAGAGAGAGACAUGGCGGAGCUGCGGGACCAGAGCCUGCUGCUGCUGAAGUCUCGCUGUGAGGAACUGAAGUUGGACUGGGGCUCUCUGUGCCUGGACACUCUGCUGAAGGAGAAGCAGGCACUACGCAGACAGAUCUCAGAGAAACAGCGUCACUGUCUCGAGCUGCAGAUCAGCAUAGUUGAACUGCAGAAGAGUCAGCGGCAGCAGGAGCUGCUACAGCUCAAGUCUUACAGUGCAUGUGAAGACUUCUCCUACCGCAAGAGCCUGCCCAGUUUGGAGCCGCCGUCCCUGCUGGACUCAGAUAUGCCGAAGCUGGGCCUCGCAGCCCCGGCAGCCAAUGGUCUCAGCCCAGAGCUCUCCAUGAAUGGCACUGGCUCUCCAGGCUUCGACAGGUGUCGUUCCAAAGAGCUACUGCGACGUUACCUGCCGGUGUCCCCUGACCAUGACAUUGUGCCUGCGACUCCUGAUGCCCGCCACCGCCACCUAGGCAACCCCUUGCCCGAUUACACCCGAUUCUCACCUGCCAAGAUCGUCCUGCGCCGUCACCUCAACCAGGACUCCAGCCCCUCUGCUGUCCGCGGCUAUGGAGCCACAUUUAACAGGGGUGACAUGGGAACAGUCUCAUCACCUCUGGCAGCAAACAAACAAAGCUGCCCUUCACCCAUUUCCCCAGACAUGCAACAGAACACUGCACCUAAAGUUACUGAAAAGCCCUCCAAGGAGAAAAGCCCUGCAAGCUCAGGUGACACCAUUACUAGCUUGCCCAUCAGUAUCCCCCUCAGCACUGUGCACCCCAGCAAGCUCCCAGUUAGCAUCCCACUGGACAGUGUGGUGUUGCCCAGCCGUGCAGAGAGGCUGAGGAACACACCGAGCCCAGUGUCUCAGGCUCGAGACCCAGCGCCGCCGGACAAGCUGAAUCAGAGCAAUGGCAAGCAGCCCCACACUCCUACCUCAGGAUUCUCCUCUGGCCUCAUCAUGGUAAAUGGUGGUUCCCACUCUGGCUCCAUGGACCCAGACUCCACCUCCUCUUCCCCAGCACAACAUGGCUCGCCAUCAGCAGGGUUACAAGGUCUUACAACUGGUGGGGUGCUACAGUAUGCUGAUGGCCCCCCAAGGAUACUUCCUGAAGCUGGCCCAAGCAAGCAGGGAGAGUCAGACCCUGAGUUUCUUGACAGUGAAACCAAGCGUCGCAUCUUCUUUUCCUCCUCGUCCUCCUCCUCUUCAUCAUCAUCAUCCUCAGUUGGUACAGGGUCCCGACAACACAUUAGUUCAAACAAAUCAUCCCAGCAUCACCACCACAGCAGCAGGCGACACUCCCCAGGCCCACACGAAAGCCGAAAGCGUGGUCGGAGGAAGCGCAGUUCUGCUGGGGCACAAGCUGUAGGUGGGUCACCCAAGAGGAGGUUCUUCCCUGGCCUUGGCAGCAGUAGUCAUCCAUCUGGCUCCCCCCUCAACAUCAACUCCAUGGUGAGCAACAUCAACCAGCCCCUGGAGAUUGCAGCCAUCUCAUCCCCAGAGCAGUGUGUGCGCAGUCCUUGUGGCCUUGACCUGGACCAGCCACCUGUGCUUAAGCGAGAGCGUCCUCUGGAGCUGAAUGGCUCAGGUCGUUUCUCCUCCCCACCCAGCUCUGAAGAUGAAGCCGCCGGAUACUUGGCAGACUCCUCCAGCUCACGAAUCGAGAGGAAGAUUGCUACCAUUUCCUUGGAAAGCAGAGACGGUCCAGUUAAAGCCGGAGAAAAUGGUAGGGGUGGGGGAGUUGUGCGAAAGUCAGUUGGCAACAGCAUGAAUAGCGUUGCCAGUGAAGCACUGUCUUCAACUUCAUCUUCCGCAUCUUCUUCCAGCAAGUGGAAGUCUACCUUCUCCCCCAUAUCAGAGCCCAAACAGCCCCCACCUGACUUCCGACAGGGAGGCUCCCCUUUCGGAGUUGGGGGGUCCCGAGGGUGUGGGGGCAGUACGGACUCUGACUCUGACCACAAGCAGCAACAGCGGAGGGGGGAUGGAGGGGGCCCAGACUCAGUAUGUGGUCAGGCCCACUCCACAGGAUCCCCUUACCUAAACCACAACCCCUUCCUGGCCCAGGAGUCGGCGAGCCGCCCCGGCUCAGAGAGGCAGCCGAAACAGAAGCCCCGGGAAUGGGAGCUGAAGGCUGCUGGCACCCUGGGCAGCCAAAACCUCUUCAUCUCGGCCGCCGCCGCCAGCAGCAUCCUCAACAGCAAGGCAGGCACCCCUGCAGGUGCAACCUCUUCCCCUGGGUCCUCCGUUGGGCAGUACUUGGGGGCGCAGUUUCCUUUGGGUGGGACUUCAGUGCUGUUUGGUGCCCAAGCAACCUCUCCGCCGGUUACCGGGGCCCCUCGGCUUGUUAACGGACACGCAUCGCUGGGAACGUUCUCGAACGCAGGUCUGGCAGGGGGUGCCGCGGGAGGCAAUUGAAGCUAUCUACCUCAACCCAAUGUAACCUAUGCAAUGGACUGAUGUGGACCAAGGGGCUCUCCUCGCUGACUGGUGCUCAUGGGCUUGCCGGCAGGUGACCAGCUUGGGGCUCACAAACUCAACACCUGUCAACACGGCACUGAACCCUGCACAGAGUGCAGGCAGUCAAGGCGUGGCGUGCGUGCGGGAGUACGUGUGCAUGUGUCUGUGUGCGUGCAUGCACAUGUGGGUACGUGUGCAUGCCUGCAUGCACAUGUAGCUGUAUGGGUGAACAAGAGGGGCAGUCAGACUCAUCCUGGAGGGACUAGGGGAUCAAAUUGACAAGGUGAAGUCGAAAUGCAUCGCAAUCGACACUAUAUUACGCAAGUAAACGUAGAGUUCACAAUUGUUAACAAAACAUCAAUGCGAAUUGGGUCCACAUUUGUGGGUCUCGUUUGUUCAAGCUGUAGUUAGCAAACAGUGAUGCAUUUCUCUUGACAGGUUACAGCUUCUCAGGUUGCGGAGCAAAAUUCAACCUUGAACUACCGAGUUUUUCUUUGUAAAACUUGGUAGUCAGCUUGCAAUUGAUUUUGUUUACAUUUGCGCAAGAAAGGAUGAUAAAUUCUGAAACAUCCUGUUUCUUCCCUAGGUGACAGUGUUGGUGUCAGAUUGCUAAGCUGACAUCAGCAGAUGAAAUAGACAUGCUAAGUGUUGCAGACUCAGUUUAAACUCUAGCCAGGCUGUUCUGCUGCCCCCCUCGAGAUGGAAUUAAAUUAUUUUUAAUAGUACAGUGUAAAUUGCCCAGUGAGUGUAACUUUGUAUACUAGCUUGAAGCAGGUGAAGGAUUUUGCAGUUGGGAAUCUGUCUUCCAACUGUAUUUAUGAACCUCCUGUAAAACCUCUCAAAACACAUAGUGGUGGAAGACUUUGCAGAGUCAGUAGUGGCGUAUGUGUCAGCUGAGUGCGAAUGCUGCACCGAGAUGGGUUUCUCGCUGUGGAUGUGCACUGAACAUGCCUUCUGCAGUUGCCAUGAAAAGUGAACAAACCACAAUCCUACUCUUUCAAGCCCAGACAGCAACACACGAUUUUAUUUACAGGUUGGGUUGGUGUUGUUCUCUCCGUAACAACUUCAUUCUUGUUUCAAGGUAUGCUAAAAAAAAAAAA